CAAUCUGCUCCACUGGCUCCAGCACCGGCUCACCUCCUCCCAACCCCACUCUCCAACUCUCCCUCCACCUCAUCGCUCAACACCCAAUCCCGCUACCCGCCCCAUUUCGACCAGUCUCACCCCAUGCACUUUGCGCCCGCCCCACCAGGCCCCGCUUCUCUCUCACACUCUGUCUCCGUCUCUGCCCGUGCCUCCACCGCCCUGUACACCCCGCGAUCGCCAUACCGGCCCGGAGAGUAUGGCCGUGUUGAUCGCCGACCCGAGACCACUAGCGAGCGGACCAAAAUCGAGCGGAGGCUGUUUGGCGAGGAUGAAGACGAGCUCAUGAGAAUGCGCGAGGAAGAGGAAGAGGAGGAAGAGGGGUGGAAGCGAAACCGAGGUAGUAGUCCGCUGCAGCCUGCGUUUGAAGCGAGGUUGAUCUUGCGGAAAGGUGCACCGGUAGAUCUGAUUUCUUGGCUCCGACGUAACUUCCAUCACAUCCCAUCCCCAUCCCACCCCUCGCUCACGUCCUCCACCUCGCUACUCGCUAUCCGCGCCCUCCUCGCUGAGCGCUUCCCUCGACUACCAGAGUCCGAGGAGCUCGUCAAGGCCGUCACUGCUGCCUUUCCCCGCGUGCACAUGGACUACGGACCGGUCGGAUCAGAAGAACCACCGAUGAUCCGCGGUUUGGUCUGGAACGGUAAAGAGACGGUUUACGAGGACGUCAAGGGGGAAAAGGAGAAGGAGAGGGAGAAGGGCAGAGCGAGCCUAGAGGCAGCUGCUGCGACAAAGGGCAAGGGCAAUGCCGCUCGACAGCCAACAGCCAACGGCUUCAAUGUCAACGGGGCAGUCUCCCGCUCACCAACACAAUCUACCCUCGUCUCGCCUACCACGUCCUCGUCUCGGCGUAUCCUGCCCAAUACGCCAGCCCGUUCAGUCCUGGAAGAAUUCGCCGUUCUCGCUACACUUGCAGACAAGAGUCCAGUUCAUCGGACCCAGUCACUCCCCGGUGAUCGUAUGGCCGGCGACGGUGAGGGGGAGUCCAGCAACGCUCGGGCGUCCUCCAAGCGCAAAGCUAGCGCUAGCGGGGUCGGUGGGAAACGUCGAGCCAGCACCCCACCGCCAGGUCACGACUCGACCACGCCGGACAAGCUCGAGGGUCUGCUCGCUGCUGCGGAGACCAUCGAGGGCUCACCCAUGGCCUCCUUCCUCGACAACGAUGGCGAGGGACGUGCGUCGGGUCAGCACAAGCGCCGUCGGACCAUUGGCGGGAUGGGUAGCAUGCGGGAGAUCAUCGAUGGAGGGAUGCUUGGAUGGGGCGGAUCGGGCGGUCUGGCGGGUGUACCCGAGCACGGCGAGGACGAGCCGAUGGGACAAGGCGAGGCUGGAGGAAGUGCUGCGGUGGCUCCAAAGGCGAAAGGCAAGGGCAGAGCUGCUGCUGGUACAUCCGGCAGAGGGCGUGGUCGAGGGAGGGGCGGUAAAGCCAAGGCGGGCGGUCGUGCGCACGCCGACUCCAAUGCCAGUCAGAAGUCCAUCUCGGCCGUCUCGGCGCUGCUCCCUCCACCCAUUCCCAGCGGCUCCAACACCCCCAUGGACCUCGACGGCGGCGCGGAUACCUCCGCCCUCGGUCUGGGCCUCUCCGACCCGUCUCAGCCACCCACGUAUGCCGCCUCCGGCUCCGGCACUCCUUUCACCGGCAACCAGUCCCUCCCGCCUCCAUCUCCUUCUACACCACACCCCAACUACCCGCGUGCGCGCAAGUCGAACGAACUCCCGACCGAGGGCUUGUACCCUGGCAUCGACUGCAAGCCGCCGCACCCUUAUCACGAGAUGAUCCGGCACGCGAUCGAAUCAGCUCCAGACAGGCGGCUUCAGCUCUCGCAGAUCUACUCGAGCAUCGCGGACCGGUUCCCGUUCUUUGCGGCGCUGGAUGAGCGCAAGACUGCGGGGUGGCAGAACAGUAUCAGGCACAAUUUGAGCUUGAAGAAAAUGUUUGUCCGCGUCAACAAGGUGGACGGUAUCCCCGACGAAGGCGGCAAGGGCGGUUGGUGGACUGUCGAGCCUGGAAUCCCGGAUGAAGGGCGUCCAGGCCGCAAGUCCAAGGCUGUCGCGUCCGGUCCGGGCACGGUCGACCCGCUAGCGGGACCAGGACCGGCGUGGAAGGGCCGCAAGAGCGAUGGGGACGUCAGCGCUGUUUCCGGCGAGGUGGGCAGCGUUCCGCAAGCCGCAACGCCGGCGCCUGCUGAGGGGGACUCCAAGCAGGCGGCGGCUGUGGAGGAGAAGGUGGAGGCGCCGCUGGCUACCGCGUCGGUCGUCCCCGUGGUGGGUGGGGAGAAGGCGGUGUUCGGUCCCGGGGUAGAGGGGAACAUGGCGAUGGGGCUCAACGCGGGGAUGUAA